CACAGCUGGAGCGCCGGCCCCUCCCCGCCCGGCCGCGGCCUUUCGCUUUGAGCGGCGGCGGCGGCGGCGGCGCGGGCGGGGCGCUCUCGGCGGAUCCAUGGGGAUGUGUUCGCGGCAGGAGCGCAUCCAGAAGGACAUCGACGUGGUCCUGCAGCGCUCCCGGGCCGAGCGGGACGGCCUGUUCGCGGAUUUCAGGUACUCGGACUCCACCUUCACCUUCACCUACCUCGGCGGCCCCAGAAGUGUGUCCUAUUCGGUGCACGUGUCUGAAGAUUACCCAGAUAAUACAUAUGUGUCAAGUUCAGAAAAUGAUGAAGAUGUAUUAGUUACUACAGAGCCAAUUCCAGUAAUUUUUCAUCGACUAGCAACAGAGUUAAGAAAAACAAAUGACAUUAACUGUUGCUUAUCCAUAAAAUCCAAAUUACAGAAGGAAAAUGGGGAGGAGUCAAGACAGAACAGUGCGGUGGAAGAAGACUCGGAAGGGGAUAAUGACUCUGAAGAGUUUUAUUAUGGAGGACAGGUGAGCUUCGACGGGGAGCUGCGCAAACACCCGCAGCUGGAGGCCGACCUGUCGGCGGUGCGGGAGCUGUACGGGCCGCACGCCGUGUCUCUCAGGGAGUAUGGAGCCAUUGAUGACGUAGAUAUUGAUCUGCAUGUCGAUGUCAGCUUUCUUGAUGAGGAGAUUGCUGUGGCUUGGGAAGUGAUUCGAACAGAACCUAUAAUUGUCCGACUACACUGCUCACUCACACAGUAUUUAAAUGGCCCAGUGCCCACUGUCGAUGUCUUUCAGAUUUCCACCAAAGAGCGAUUCGGACUGGGACACCAGCUGAAAAAGAUCAUGCAGACCUUCGUCACGCAGCAGUGGAAGCAGAGCAAAGACAGGCCCAGCUGCCUGCAUGGCAAGAAGCUGUCGGAGAGGAAGGUGAAGUCCCCCCUGCAUUUGUUUUCCACCCUGCGCAGGUCGCCCAGCUACCCUCCCCCGGGCUGCGGGAAGAGCAAGGCCAAGCUGAAGGCCGAGCAGGACGGGCUCUCCAAGACGCACAAGCUGCUGCGGAGGACGUGCGGCGGCGCCAAGGCCGAGGACGGCGCCCCCAAGGCCCACCGGCCCUUCGGCCGCUCCCUGUCCAGCGACCCCCGGGCCGAGCAGGCCGUGGGCGCCCUCAAGCCGCACAGACUGCUGGGCCGGGCCUGCCCCGGCGCCCCUACACCCGAGGACUGCGCCCCCCUCAAGCCCCACAAGCUCUUGACGCGCUCCUGCUCGGGGGACCCGCGCUGCGAGCACCCCAAGGCGCAGCGGCUGCUGGGCAGGCCCCACGCCGGCGGCCUCCGCGUGGACGAGCUGUACGGCCUCAAGGCGCCCCGGCUGCUCGGCAAGGCCACCGCCGCCCCCCGGGCCAACCGCGCCGAGCCCUGCCCAGAGCCCCCCGAGGGCCGCCGGCUGUCCCUCACCUCAGGGCUCAUGGGCAUCCUGGCGCCCGCCGCCCAGCCCACUCCAAAUGGUGCCAAAUGCGUCCCCGUCCGAGACCGCGGCUUCCUCGUGCAGACCAUCGAGUUCGCGGAGCAGCGGAUCCCCGUGCUGAACGAGCACUGCGUGGUGUGUGACGAGCGCCACGUCUUCCUCAACGGCCCCAUGCUCAGGCCCACGGUGUGCGAGCGCGAGCUGUGCGUGUUCGCCUUCCAGACGCUGGGCGUGAUGAACGAGGCGGCCGACGAGAUCGCCACGGGGGCUCAGGUGGUGGACCUGCUGGUGUCCAUGUGCCGGUCUGCCCUGGAGUCCCCCAGGAAAGUGGUCAUCUUUGAGCCAUACCCCUCCGUGGUCGACCCCAACGACCCUCAGAUGCUGGCCUUCAACCCCCGGAAGAAGAAUUAUGAUCGAGUAAUGAAAGCGCUGGACAGCAUCACGUCCAUCAGAGAAAUGACACAGGCCCCGUACCUGGAGAUCAAGAAGCAGAUGGACAAGCAGGACCCCCUGGCGCACCCCCUGCUGCAAUGGGUUAUCUCCAGCAACAGGUCCCACAUAGUGAAGCUGCCAGUCAACAGGCAACUGAAGUUCAUGCACACGCCUCACCAGUUCCUGCUGCUCAGCAGCCCGCCCGCCAAAGAGGCCAACUUCAGGGCCGCCAAGAAGCUCUUCGGCAGCACCUUCGCGUUCCACGGCUCCCACAUUGAGAACUGGCACUCGAUCCUGAGGAACGGGCUGGUCGUGGCAUCGAACACGAGGCUGCAGCUCCACGGCGCCAUGUACGGCAGUGGAAUCUACCUAAGUCCAAUGUCAAGCAUAUCGUUUGGUUACUCAGGGAUGAACAAGAAGCAGAAGGUGUCAGCCAAGGAGGAGCCGGCUUCCAGCAGCAAAAGCAGCAACGCGUCACAGGCACAGAAAAAAGGACAGCAGUCCCAGUUCCUGCAAAGCCGGAACCUGAAAUGCAUAGCCUUAUGUGAAGUGAUCACCUCGCCGGACCUGCACAGGCACGGGGAGAUCUGGGUGGUGCCCAACACCGAGCACGUCUGCACCCGGUUCUUCUUCGUCUAUGAGGACGGCCAGGUGGGCGACGCCAACAUCAACACGCAGGAGGGAGGCAUCCACAAGGAGAUCCUGCGCGUCAUCGGCAACCAGACCGCCACUGGCUGAAGGACCGCAGGCUCGCUCAAGGGGUCGGAAAGCCUUCCUCGGGUUCAAAGCUGGGUUUUGAACUGAAGAAGAAGAAGAAAUAACUUAUUGUUAUUAUAAACAAAAUUAAUCCUUUGAAUACUGAUUUUUUUCUUAGUAUUUCUAAGUAUCUCAUUCAAUACCUAAAACGGUAUGAAAUUUACCAAUUGUAGGGUUAUGGAAUCUAGUAAUAAACUUACAGCAGCACUUAAACUGAAGUUUGGGUUGCUCACACAAUAAACAGAUUGAAAAAGCAGUUUUGUGCUGAUAUUUUUAUAUUAAACUCUUCAAUUGGAAGUUUGGUAUUAUAUACCGACACUUGAGGUCACCAAAAUCGCAUUGAGAAUGUUUUUAUAAUGAUGUCUAAAUCUCUAAGAUACUUUGCAAUAAGUAAAAUGAUGUUUGCACAUUCUGACGUGCUAUAUCUAUAUCUAUCUAUCUAUAUAUAUGUAUAUAUACUUAGUGGUAUGAACAUUUAACUAUUUUGAGGAGGGAUGUUUUUUAUUCUGUUAAUUUUUCCUUAUACGAAAACAGUUAGUCUUAGAUGCAAUGCUUUGCCCAAAAGUUUGUAAUAUACAUAUCUAUAGACCCAUGCAUCAGAAUGUGUGACUAUGCACAUGUGUAUGUAUGUAUGCACAUGUGUGUUGUGACAACAGGUGGCGUGGCUCCACAAUUCUACUCAUUCAGUGACGACAAAUAAUAUUCCGUAAACAGUAAAUCUGGACAGAAACCAAGAUCCGAGCCAAACUUACCACUAUUCACUCACUGGCAGUAUUUGCUAACUAUUUCUCUAUUUGUUUAAAGAAUGCUUCCUUUGGUUAAAAUUCAACUCGUUAAUGAUAUUAUGGAAAAGUCUUAAUUUGGAAACAUAGCCACCCCUGGCGGACUAAAUCUCUAUGGAAAUGAUCGCAUGUAUUCAACAAAAGAUCUCAAAAUUACAACAGUAUCUAUUUUUUAUUUCUUACAGCGGAACAUUUUUAAAAAUUUAUUUAGACCACGCCAGCAUUUUUAUAGUUUUUCAUCUAAUACCUCUGCAUAUAUAUUUUUUUCAUAUUGAGAAAGAAGAUAACCUUUGAAAUUUCUUUUAUAUUAAAAGAACACAAAAUAGGUUUAUGGGGAACAACGCCACCAGCGCCCGUCCUCCUGUACGGGUCACGUGAUUGCCAACCACAUGUCUUGUUCCUUUGGGUCCUGACAUUGUCCUCGGUCGUUACAAGUUGUCACUGCCUGUGUCUCAUUUUCCCACGUGAUGUCUUGGGAACAGGCCGUUCACGGGAGCAGUUUAACGAUCGUGUCUGCCACUCUAUUCAAACCCUGAAUCAAGGCUCAGAUCUGAUUCUAAUUGACUUAGAAAAAAAAAAUCGCGUGUAGGCGUUUGCAAGUAUAACGUUACCACUUCUGUGUUUAUUUCCUGGGGCAUAGGCGGCGAGAAAGCAGCGGCCCUCCACCGGGUGCAGGGGUGCUGUCGAAGUGUGUAGGGAUCUUUCUUCUUCUACUGUAACUCAUUGAUUUCUGCCAACAGAGACUUGACAUGGCCGGGAUAUUAAUCCUUGUGACACCAUCCGCUUAAGACCUUGAUCUGUGCUGAACCCAGAGUGAGCCUGGGGAUAAUGUUGGCCUUUGAGGGCCCAGAGGCGGUGUCGAGUUUAGUCCUGUGAGCGAUGCUGAGGACUGGGGGAGGGCCAGAGGAGUCCCUUGGGCUGUGUUUUAAAAAAGUGUUUUUAAGCAACAAGAUUAUUUUGCCCCCAAAAUUAUUUUGAUGGGAUGUUUUAUAUCUGAUACAAAUAUGAAGAUGCAAUAGCAGGAUUUGGAAAUCGAGAUCCUGGGACCACUGAGGCACCUCCCCAAACUCUACAGAGCCUCCGCGCAUGGUUGCAAGCCACUGGCCUAACCCAGUCAGGGCUCACUGCACAGCGGGGCAGCCUGGAAGGUGUGUAGCCUUAGAAUCUGACCUGCCAGCAUAGCUUCAGGACUGGAAGACUAGAGAGGGGAGGAGAAGCUAGCAUCAGAGACACUUGUGCCAAGUUAAGAUUGAAAGUCGGUUCACCUCUCAGAGCAAGGAAAGUAUUAGAUCCUUUUAAUGCCUAAUGCCAUGAUAGGCAAUAGGCACCUUUUAUGAUGACAAAAUGAGGUGACUUCUAAUGAUAAUGGAAUGGAAUGCUAUUGCCAGGCAGAAUGACACCUUUUAAGUCCCCCCCCCCCAAAAAAAAUUGUCAGAUCCUUUGUAAGCAAAUAUUCUAAGUGGAGCCUGUCUUUUCAUUGAAAUUUUGGUAUCUGUAUGCUACAGGAUACUGAUGCCUACCUUAAUUUCUGAAGAAUUUAAUUUUAAUAAAUACCAUGAGUAAAUGAAUACCAUGCUUCUAAGAUCGAAGCAGGUCCUUACAAUGUAGAUGUCUAAACAUUAUUGUUGUCUUGCCUUGAUUCAGCCACCCCAUUAAGAACUAUCCAUUGACUCGAUGAUUCCAAACGUGAUACUGUAUUGUAUGUUUAUGAUUAUUUGAAGUCUGUUCACCGCUGCUUUGUAAUAGUUUAUUAAUUGUGUAGCCAUUACUUCUUAAUACAAACCCGCUGAGCAAACGCAGUCAUUUCAUUCUUGGAGUAAGGGAAGAAGAACCUCAUUUAUUCGUUCUAUUUCUUUCUGCCAUUACUGAUUUUGUAAGCAUUUCACUAUGAAUAAUUUGUCCUCUUUUAUCAUUCAAUGUAUUAAAAAUAAAAUAGUUGGACAUUGGGGAAGAGAAAAAGCAAUAAUAUAUUAUUACUAUAGAACGCACUAUGGUAAGGUACUUUAGUGGUGCCUUAGACUGCAUGACGUUGAAAUGGUUUGUGUUUAUGUUGCUCAGCAAAUCUCAGUUGUUGGCCUUGAAGGUGGUUUUUAAAUUUAAAAUUUUGAAUAGGAAUACGAAAUUUCAAUAUAAGAUAGUAAGCUUAAGGGCUUACUGCCAAAUACUAUGUGAUGUAAGAAACCAACCCAAGCUGUUGUUAAAGCUUGGAAUAUUUCUCAUGGAAGAGUUUAGAAAAGAAAUUCUCAGAGGGGCUCCCCUUUGCUUAAAAGACAGGAAACCUUUCCUAUGCAAGUCUAUUGUCAUUGGAAGAGUUUUAGAAGGACUUGUUACCACAAUACCACAACUUAAUUAGGAUGUGGGGUUUCGGAAAGUUUUAAGGCAAAAAUCUGUCAUCCUUGUUAAGUCUGGGUGACUUCAGCAGGCAGUGAUUUUGUCUAAGAGGCCACUCAACCAAGGACUGUCUAACUUCCAAAUGGAUGGCUCUCAUGGUGGCACCUGAAGCACAUUUUUAAAAUAUUAUGAUGUUAUUCUAUUGUCUCACUGAAUUCUUCAUCAUAACACUACCUCAAGACAAAUGAUAGACUGUCUGAAGAUAAAUUGAGUUUCCAAUAUAAGAAAGAAAAGGAGUUUUACAAAUAGAAGCCAUCAAAUUAUUCAAUAGUCAAGACCAUACUAGACAAAGAUAUUGUUGAUUGCCCCAUGACAGCACAGUAAUACAGAUAUUUCAGUCACUGGUGAUGAAUGACAUAGUUAACACCCAAUGAGUUAUGAGAAGGGAUUUAAAGCUGCAACAUUUGAAAAUAAUUAGUUCUCUUUAAGAUUGAUUUUUUUACAUGGGCCAAUUUUACAUCCAUCACCCAAAGCCACAAAUGUGCCCACCCUAAAUAGCGAGAGGAUUAAAAUACCCAAUUCCUAUGCCAGAAUGGCAGGCAAAACAUUCAAGUAUUUUUGGCAUUGAAUGCCUGCUAAAUUUUUGUCCAUUAUAUGUCAAUUUGAUGUACAUUAUGACCCAGUUAAUUUUUCUUGGGGAUUUUGUAAACACCAUGGUAUAUUAGGAUACAUUUUUUUUGUAGGUCAGAAGAAUUUCAAGUAGUUUUUAGACAAAACAGACCCAUGAGUGUGAAGAAGCUGUGUUGAAGAAUAGAUUCCAUUACACAUUUACCAGCGGGUCAGAAAAAAAAAAAAAACACAGCGCUUAUUUACAUAGUCCACAUAAUUUAAUGUUCUAAAAAUAAUUUCUUCCAUCUGCUCAAUACUUAAUGUAUCACUUGAGAUUUUAAAAUAUGCAGCCACUCCUUUCUGUAAACACGAAGAUAUGCCUGUGUUUCUUUAACUAUAUAGCCUUUCUUUACAAUAAACUUCUUGACUUUUUUGUGCACAAGAUAGCAUUGCAACCUGCUCGGUAGCCUUCGGUGCCUUAGAGUUAUUAUAAAUAUUUAACAAUAUGUACAUAAUGUAAAUACUGCCAAGAGAUCACCAAGGCCAAGUAUUUUCUCUAUUCACUUUUUAUUGCACUUGCUUUCUAUUGCUAUGAAGCCUCUUUUAUCCAGCUUUGUAAUAGUCCGAACGUUGUAGCCGAUGUAAAUGUUUACUUUCAAUAAAUCUGAAUUUGUCUAACA